UCAUGGACCCCUUUUCCAUAACCGUUAGAGAGAGAGGGAGAGGAGAAGAUAGAGAAAGAAUUUGGCAACUACGGAGUAAUAAUCGAAGGAGUUUGUGUCUCGAAACUCCUCUUCAAUGGCCACAUUCAACUACUCUACACUGCUUCCUCCUCGCAGUGAUUAUUUUCGAGCAUCUUGCUUGGCAUUCCAGAGUUCUGGUAAAUCAUGGGUGGUGCUUCCUAAGAGAUCAUUUCGUCGAAGAAGACAAUUUGGGAUUAGAGCAGAAAUUAAUUAUGUAAAUGCUGAUGAGGCUAAAGAGCUUGUAAAAGCUGAUGGGUAUGCAGUUGUUGAUGUUCGAGAUAAAUCUCAAUUUGAGCGCGCUCAUAUCAAAUCGUGUUAUCAUGUUCCCCUUUUCAUUGAAAACCAAGACAAUGACCCUGGCACAAUCAUAAAAAGGACUCUGCACAACAAUUUUGCUGGCUUGUUCUUUGGGUUGCCUUUCACUAAACAGAACCCUGAUUUUGUGCAGUCUAUAAAGAGCCAGUUUUCACCUAAUACCAAGUUAUUACUUGUAUGUCAGGAAGGAUUAAGGUCUACAGCUGCUGCUAGGAAGUUGGAAGAAUAUGGGUUUCAGAAUGUAGCAUGCAUAACGUCUGGGCUUCAGUCUGUAAAACCAGGAACAUUUGAAUCUGUUGGUUCCACCGAGUUACAGAAUGCUGGUAAAGCCGGUUUGAUUACAGUUCAAGGGAAGAUUUCAGCAGUACUUGGAACAAUUCUUGUUUGUGCAUUUCUGUUCGUCACUUUCUUCCCUGACCAAGCAGAAAAGCUGCUACCCCCAAGCUAGACCAACAAUGAUGAAGUGAAUGCAGGAGAAAAAAUAGUAGUAGAAAAGAGUUUUUGUUGCUAUUUUCUGUCACUAUACAAGUCUAGUCUAAGAUUUAAUUGUAGUGUUCUUGGAAUCACAGGUUUCACUCCAAUUUUUUUAUAAUGAGCUUGAAAUUAUGUAAAAUGCAUCCUUUUUGCUGCAUUUGUAUCGAAUGUGAUGGCUGUGGAGGUCAAUUCUUGUCAUGUUUGGUUUGCAGCA